CUGCAUAGCUAAAAUAUCUAAAACCUUAUUUCCCCUGUAUCUCCUCUCUCUCUCUCUCUCUCUCUCUCUCUCUGUUUUCUGCUUGUGACGGUUCGUUUCCACCAGCUGCACUCUUUCCUUCGUCGGCGAUAGAACCCCCACCGCAACUCUCUUCCGCCACCACAAAGACCGUCAUGAGCUCAUUCAGCAACACUUCCAAUUUUGACAAUCUCCUCCUCCAAACCCUACUGGGCCGUCUCCAAAUCAGACCCCCUAAUGCUGCUCACAAUCCGUUACUCUCUCAGUCUCUUGAGGACCUCCUCUUUGAUGCUGCUGAUAGGUUAUCUGAUUACUCUGAUGACGAUAAUUCGGAUUCUAGAACCAAACUGUCUAAAGAAGAGUCCAAACUCGAGAAGGAUAUCAUUCGGAUAAUUCUUUCGGGUAAGACUGCUUCGUUGAAACCUAACUCUGGUCAGGCAGUUACAAUUGGUGAACAUCACAUAUGUGUUGGGUUUCAUGAGGAAAAAGGAUCAGAUUAUCGUGUGUGGGAGUGGCAUGGGCAUAUUAUGUUGUUUGAUGAAGAGAAUGGAUAUACUCCUGAGUAUAUAUAUGGGAAUUACUUUGAGAGGUUGCAAGGUAAGGCAAUGUCUGGUGGGGUUAGUAAGGUUGACAAGGAAGAGGAGGAGGAGGAGGAGGAGGAGGAGGAGGAAAAGGAAGUGGAGGAGAAGGAAGAGCAGAAAGUGGGGAAUUUGGGGCUUAGAGAGUUGAUUGAUGGUGGGAAUUCUGGUGGUGCUCGAGUUCUUCAUAGGAACAUUAAUGCUGGUUCUCCAAGGUUUAGUUAGAAUAAAAUCACAUCUCACGAGUGGUUUUGGGCGUCCAGUGUGGAGGCUACAAUCAGUCCCUUGUUCCCCUUUCUUUGAGACUGAAGCUUUUUGGUUGUCAUCUGGCUCAUUACUUUUGCAAUCCCAACAGUGCAUCCUGUGUUUCAAACUUUAGAUACCCAUUAGAUUGUAUACAUGAAGAAGUUGAUUUCAUGUUGACAGACAUAAUUUUGUUUCAAGUUGUUAUUCACUUCUGAGCAGAAUAAAAUAUGUACAUCUAUAUUUUCAA